AUGAAGAGGUAUCAAGAGCCAUUUCUGCACUUCAUAAAAGACGGCUUUCUGGCUCCAAAGGAUCUAGAGAAUAUACGAAAUAUACAUGGGAAAUGUGCGUUUAGAGAGAUAUACACAGACCUGUUCAGAUUCCUGCAGACUGCCGAGUUGAGAGAGAGGAAGGAUCUUCAGUUUUUCAGAGACUCUCUGAUGAGGGCUUUUGAAGAGAUUGGGGAUGUAAAGGGAGGAUGGAUAGACCUUUUUGGGUCGUAUUACCGAAAGGGAGACUACCUCCUAUGCCAUGAUGACAGAACAGAAAGCCGGAAGUUUGCCUUCAGUUACUACUUGGAAGAUCACAGUUCCGGAGAGCUCAUCCUCUAUGAAAAUGAUGGGAUGAGUGUUUCGAAGAAGGUAGAGGUAAAGUCAAACAGACUAGUGAUAUUUGAGGUAUCUGAUGUAUCUUUCCAUGAGGUUGGAUACUGUAGCAAAGAUGGAAGAAGAGCAUUUACUGGAUGGCUAAACUUCGAGUAUAUCAAGCAUAACGACCAUAGCGAAUGUGUGAAUAUGGAGAGUCCGAAUGUAUGUGGUACGUUUCCGAUGGAGAUUGACUUCAAUGAAAGCCCCCUUGUAUUCUAUCCUGGCGUGGAGUAUGACUUUGAGCACACCUCUGGAAGUGUCGAAGGUCCCUUUUGCUUCAGAAGAGUGAAGAGGAUAGAGGUUAAAAGCCCAUUAGCCCCAUGUUUGGAUGGAUGGGAACUUAAGGGAGGAGGCUUCUACCACUUCAGGGUCGGAGACUAUAUACUUCUGAACGAUGGAUGCAAUGCAUUUGAAGGAGACGUGUGUGAUGUGUUCUUCAUAGGAGGUGAUGAACAUGUCUUUGAAGACAGGCCAAACAUAUUUGAAGAUUCAAAAAACCCAAUCAAAUAUCUAGAUGAAGAAGGGAGGUUUGUGUUCGGCCUUCCGAUAGCUAAGGGGAUGUUUGCUAUCAAGCGGAACGGCCUUUCUUUGUUUGUAGAAAGGUCUGGGACCGAGUUCUUUAUGGGACACUUUAUUUAUGUUUCCAAAAAUUGA